AUGGCAAGGGUAUUAGAACACGUUGGACGAUUUAUCGGGCCUUUACCCGAAUUACAUCGUGACAGUUAUAGAUUAUCCCCAGCAAUUCGAAAAGAAAUAAUAAGACUAUACAGGAAUAAUUUUGGAAGUGCGAAAAGAAUCGCUAAACAUUUAAAUAUCCAUAAGGUAUCGGUUGUCCGCUGGAUUGAUCGUUACGAAGAAAGAAAAAAUUUAGAACCUAACUUUAAUGUUAAUGGUCAGCCUAGACAUACGACGGAAAACGAAGAUUUUUUAUUAGCUUGUUCAGCGGUUCUUAACAAUUUCAGCAAUUCUCGGGAUAUUGCGGCACAUGUCAGACUUGAUCAUUUAUCAAAGAAUUCCAUUACGAGGCGGCUGAACAACUGUGGGAUGAAUUCACGUAUUGCUGCAGUUAAGGACAUUCUAACCGAAGAACAUCGAGCAGCACGCUUACAUUUCGCAAGGCGAUACGUUCAUUACCUAUUAGAAUUUUGGCGAUGGGUAGUUUUCACGGAUGAAAAAUCAUGUUCGGCAAUUCACUAUGCACGGCAUACUAGAGAAUGGCUAGCUUUGCAUCCACAGCUCAUUGCCCUAGAUUGGCCGACGAAAGGUGCAGAUAUGAACCCGAUUGAAAAUAUUUGGGGUUAUCUCGUCUGCAAAUUAACGAAAUCUAGAACCGGAGACGGGUUGCCGUAUCACGCGCGUGAUGCCAACAACGCUAAUUUGUUAUUUGAAUUAGUGCGCAAUGAAUGGGAAAAACUUGCUGAUAACGAGAACAUUCUUCAACAUUUAAUUGAAAGUAUGCCAGAACGUCUUCAGAAGGUUAUUGAUGCUGAAGGUGGAUGGACAAGAUAUUAACAAAUAAGAAAAAAACA